UAUACAACAUGAAAUGCUCCCCGGUUGGGGUUUGCCGAAUGCUGCUGUUGCCUCACCACAAACCGAUGACGAUACCGACUGGCUGGCUGCCUGGCUGGUGGAAACCGGUGGAGUGUAACUUUCUUCGGGUUCAUUACGUAGUCGCACGUUGCCGAGCGUAGAACGUAACGUACUGUGCUUUCCGAGUUGUUUCAGCACCAUCUGAGGGUCCGACAAGAGCUCUUUAUUGAAGUAAGAGGUCGCCGUGUGGUGGGGUCAGUUGUGCGUAUUUUGUUCGUUUUUGGGUGCAAGUGCAAGUGUCGGACCGAAGUCCUUGGAGUAGCCUUCGCCCUGUAUGUCAAGUGGGUCGUUCCAAAUAGACCACCACCUUGAAUUACGCGCGUCUUACCAACACGCGAAUUGCCGUUUUUGUGCGUUUCUUGUCGAGUUGAAGAAUCUCGUGAACAGAAACGUGAUUGUUGACGAAUCGAAAAAGGAAGAAAACCGAUAUCGGUAAAGGCCAACAUACCCGGUGCGUGUGCAUGGCUCUCUAAAAAAGUGGAGUGGAAUUAAUGAAAUUACAGUCCAUUUCUGUGGUUUUCAAUUGUUCAACAAACGUGUGGCAGGGAGGAAGAAGAAAAUCGAAUAAUAAUACUGACGGCGCAUGUGAUUGUGGAAAAGAGUGAUAGAUCGUUGAAGAAGUUGAAGUAGGACGUAAACUUGGAGGAAACCGGUUUCCAUCGAUCUUCAAGCUGAUGUUGUUCUUCGAGCACACUCAUUCUUACCGGAGCAAAUCUUCACCAGCGUCAUCAUCACCACCAUCAUCGUUAUUAUCGAUUAGUUUGCCCCCGUACGAAGAGAGAGCAUACUCCAACACAAUUCGGUCCAACCGAGUCAAGCUGGCUGCAGAAGAAGGAUAUUUAAACUAUCCAAUCUGCUUACGAAUGAUGAUUCUAUCGCGGAGCAUAUCGAAAAAUUUUAAUUUAAGGCAGUGAAUCUACUCUUUCUCGCGGCGUUUCCCACAUCGGUGUGUUUCCGGGCGGCGAACGGGUUGCGUAGCAUCGCACCCAGUACCCCAGUUUCGAAGCACAGGCUCCAAGGAGACCUCAGUGGCAGAGAAGAAGUGUGCAGCAUCGAUUUUUUUUCGACCAGCUCCACUUCUCCGACCGAUCGACGAUUGUUACACUUCUUUAUACAUAUAUUUAUCUAUUUAUUUUAUAUCGUGAGUCGAUAAGUGUGUGAUAAGUAAGCGCAAGCUUGGUUUUAUAUUUUUCAUCUACUGGUUACUGGAUCACGUUUGGCGGCAAAGGAAGCAUCAGUAGAAAAAAGUGGUGUGCAUUGUAAGAAAGGAAGAAAAUUAAAACCGCCGAUCGACAACAAGUGUGUUUUUGUUACACAAGUGAAAAAAAGAUCCGAGGGGUGAAAGUGAAGUUGGUGAUAAUUCGGCUUCUGUGCUGGUUGGUAGCUGCUGACCCAAACGAUCGGGCUCACCAACGAGGAAGAUAAUCAAGAAGUGGCCGGGUCAGUCCGAGCUGCCGAAGCAGCAGGAAGUGAUUAGCCCACGGAGCUGUGCGGCCGGUUUUUUAAGGUUCAUCAUUGUGAAUUAAAGCACGUGGAACCGAAGCAGUUCAGCAGCAGCAGUUCACACAACUAACAUCAACCACCACUACCACUCGCAGACCCAAAACAUGAAAAUGGUGUUGUCACAACGGCAGCGCGAGGAGCUUAACCAAGCGAUUGCCGACUAUCUGGGAAGCAAUGGAUACACAGACGCUUUGGAGGCUUUCAGAAAAGAGGCAGAUAUGCCCAACGAAAUCGAACGGAAGUACGGCGGACUGCUAGAGAAGAAAUGGACCUCAGUGAUACGGCUACAGAAGAAAGUGAUGGAGCUGGAGGCAAAACUUUCGGAAGCCGAAAAAGAGGCCAUCGAGGGUGCCCCGACAAAAGCCAAACGCACACCCACCGAUUGGAUACCGAGGCCCCCGGAGAAAUUCGCAUUGGCCGGACACCGAGCGACAGUCACUCGAGUAGUGUUCCAUCCAGUGUUCAGUAUGAUGGCCUCGGCGUCCGAGGAUGCCACGAUCAAAAUCUGGGACUUUGAAACGGGCGAGUAUGAACGAACACUCAAAGGUCACACCGACUCCGUUCAGGAUCUGGCAUUUGACUCACAUGGAAAACUGUUAGCCUCCUGCAGUUCGGACCUGUCGAUAAAGCUGUGGGAUUUCCAGCAGACGUUCGAGUGCGUCAAAACGAUGCACGGCCACGAUCACAACGUGUCGUCGGUGUCGUUCGUGCCAGCGGGUGAUUACCUCCUGUCGGCAUCGCGGGACAAAACCAUCAAAAUGUGGGAAGUAGCCACCGGGUACUGCGUCAAAACUUUCACCGGCCACCGGGAGUGGGUCCGGAUGGUGCGGGUCAACGUGGACGGUUCGCUGAUGGCGUCCUGCUCGAAUGACCACUCGGUUCGCGUCUGGCAGACCAACUCUAAGGAAUGCAAGGCCGAACUGCGAGAACAUGAAAACACAGUCGAGUGUAUUGCCUGGGCGCCGGAAUCGGCUGCGGCCGCAAUCAACGAGGCUGCCGGAGCCGAUAAUAAGAAGGGAGCUCACCAGGGACCGUUCCUCGCUUCUGGAUCUAGAGAUAAGACCAUUAGGGUUUGGGAUGUCAACUCCGGGCUGUGCCUGUUCACACUCGUCGGUCAUGACAACUGGGUACGAGGCAUCGUGUUCCAUCCCGGUGGUAAGUACAUGCUUUCCGCCAGUGAUGACAAAACGUUGCGCAUCUGGGACCUUCGCAACAAGCGCUGUAUGAAGACUCUAUAUGCUCACUCACACUUCUGUACAUCGCUUGAUAUGCAUAAGUCACAUCCGUACGUCAUAUCGGGCAGCGUGGAUACGACAGUCAAGGUUUGGGAAUGUCGCUAAGCACGGACCGCGUGCGUAUUCGUAGGAAGUUUUCUUCUUUUGUACUCGAUAGUGAUGAAAUGAAACAACACACUCACACAAACACAUGCAUACAUACACCAACUAAUAGAAGCAGCGUGAAAGGAGCAGUGGAGCGGACGCAGCUGAGCAGCCAACCAUGUAAGAAGAGGUAAUUCUAUUUGAUAAGCAACAUACUAUUUCAGUAACAACAACCACGUGCAAGGCAAAUUAUACAUUCAUAUUCUACAUAACCUUCAACAAACACAUAAAUAACAAAAUAUUACAAACAAGCAAAAUAUUACACUUGCAGUAAUACCACAGCAAGCUACACCAACUAAAAGAAAAGUAAAAUAAUUGAAAAUAAAACCCGUUUCUUUCAAAUCCGCUCCAAUUUUCAAACGGAAGUAACUCUUAUUCAAAACUACAAACAUAUUACAACAGCUGAAAACGUUUCUGAAGCCGUCAACUUAAACAUGGGACACGAGCAAAUUACUCCGAACACUUAGCCGGACACAAGCAGAAGAAAAAAGCUAUAACAUAUUAUCAUAUUAUAUUCUUAUAAUUACACUAUUCUUAGAAAGUAGACAUCAUAUUUGAAAACUUGAAAAAUGGAAUGUAGCAUUCGCGUGAUGAAGGGAAUUUGUUCGGGGACAGGGCACGACUAGCAGAGACACAUACAACAUAUACAGACAUGCGAAACGAUGAAGGAUGGUGUGACUAGGACGAGACCGAUAAUCAAGACGCAGAACCUCAAGGAGAACGAUUUACAAAUGGUCCAACGAAUGUUUGUUGGUUAUUUCUCUCUCUUAAUCGUGUCAAGUUGAUUCGAAGCAUAUGUGUCGCCCAACCGUUUCUCACUCAGCAAAUGCGCCAGGUUAAAAGGUAUGUUGAAGAGUGUCCUGUUCUUGUUGAAAUUGCUAUUUGGUGUGACGAAAAUUUCCCAGAAGGCGUUACUUGUUGAUAUAUUUUUGUAUGGACUCAUUGAUACUAAUUCUUUAAUAUUGAAUUCUUGUGAUAAUCCGCUAUUCCCAAUGAUUGAUUUGGAGAGAUCUGAACCAGUUGGCAUAAAGCCAUUUGACACCGCGGACAUUUGACAUUACGGUCAUUUAGCUCAAUGGUAAGCAUUACAUGUUUCUGAAGCUUAAAGAUUAUAUUUAAGAUGAAAUUUGAAAAUUGAUUUUCUACAUUUUGAAGUAUCUUUGAGGAAUACCGCAUUAACCUCGUUUUUAUUUGGUCCAAAGCAAAAAUUCUAUUAAAUAAUCAUUCAAAAUACUUUCUGGUUUGAUUUUGUACUGCUAGGUUAUAGUGCAAGUUUUCUGUAGAUUAUCCUAAUUCAGCAUAAAUCAGCAGGAAUAUAAUGUUGUACAAUUUCCUAAGAAAUCUAGUACCAAGUUCGGCUUAGCCUUUUCAAGAUUGUGUUCUGGAUAUUGCAGGAGGUAAUCAUGGAAUCUACCACAUUGUGCUGCUCAGUUCUGAUUUCACUGAUCCCUGCUGCUGCCAUAAUUAAGCCCGAAUCAGCAUGGUUUGACCUGUGUUCAUUUCUUGUAAAUAUUAAUAUACUUACAUAAUUACUUUUAAAGUUAAACAGUAGUAGCUCUAUAAAGAGAUGGGUUCUUAAGUUUCACAUUAAUCGCAAGCACCCUAAUAAAUUUGUUAGAACAGUUUCUAUUUUACAUGAACGAUCGCACUGUUUUGCCACUUUCUAGUGAUAUUAUAGAACAAGAUUAACAAAACCGCUAGCCCAUAGAUUCGUGAAAGAGAGAGUUUGAGCGUUGAGUGUGACUUUAAUGCGUGACGAAUUGAGAAGAGAAACAAACACACGUGAGAGAAAAUAAUCUUCAAAUAUAUUCAACCCAUUUUGUAAAAAGUACAUCCAUCAUACUAAAUUUCAAACUAACUGACUCACAUACACACACAUCGGGGAAUACGAGUUAAUUGAGAAUUGAGCGUUUAGAAGCGAUGGUUAUUAAAUUAUUAAUUACAAUUAAAGUUAGACUUACAUAAAGUGAAAAGAAAAAUAUUAGAACUACAUAGAUAUAGCUAACCGAAAAAAGAGCAAAAUUGAAAACCAGAAUAUCUGAAUUCUUAUGUGAAACAUGUUUUAAUUGGAGAAAAAGAAAAUGAAAUAACUUAUAUCGAUAAUGUUGCUUCAAAUCUGAUGAGUUGAUUCUCUAUUCUAUACAUUUAAGCCUGCUAGAAAAUAAAACAACACUGCAACGUUGAACCAACUCUACCGCACUGGUUUGAGGAAGGCCAAUUCCAUGCUGGAUAGUUUUUAGAGCCGGAAAAGCGAUAUGUAUUUUCUAAUAAUGUUCCCAGUAGCAGAGAAACCUUGCUUAUAUCGACACACUGUCCUAUUUUAGAUAAACCCUAGCUAAAGUGCCGCCCGCAAUGAUGGAAUCAUAGCUUUUAUUAUUUCGAUACCAGUUCCAGCCCUUUGUUCCACUCUGUGGAACAUCAGAAGGAACCUUGGUUCGCUUUGAAGAAAAAGUUCUGAUAAUGUAGUAAUGCGCUAAUUAUUUUGAAUCUUUUUAUGUUAAUUUUCUAUUUUUGAAAGUGGGAAGAUCUACGUGUGGUAGUUGCCAAGAAAUGUGCAAUUCAAGUAAUUUUAUAUAUGAUAUUACAUUACUGGUAAACUGUUCAUAACCAUCGUUAACUAAAUUGAUGUAACGGAAGAAUUUUUAAAAUUAACGCAAAAUUUUUCAAAACAUUCCUAUUAAAUUGACAAUUACGUUUCUUCCAAUGCUCGUCCUUGAUUAACAACGCCUCAUCGACAAAAGCGAUUUGAUUUUAUUUAUAGCGUUCCAGCAAAUAAAAUUUACAAUCGUUACUAGUCGAAUUUUUCGUUUUUCAAAUGAGGCAAUCCCAAACUCCUUAGAACUUGAAUUGGAACUUCCGGCUUGGCAACUUCCGCCUAGGUGACUUCCACUAUCAUUAUAUGAGAUUCAGUCAAACUUACCGCCUAUAGAGCUUCGAAAAUCUACGACCAGAAGAAACAACAGAAAAUGAUGUGGAACGAAUUUUUUAGCCGAAUACAGCAAACGAGCGUAAAAGUGUAGUUCUUUUGAAGAGAGUGCAAAUACUUUUAGGGUUAGUUUUUUUUAGCGAUUGAUGAUUUGCAAGACGAAAAACGAUUAAACGAUUGAGAGAAAGAGCAACAACACGAUUGGUCAACUCAUGGAAGAAUAAUAAAAUCAACUAAAACUAAGCUUUUCGAUGCGAUACAUCCAAACAUGAUAAAAUAACACGAAAAAGGAAUGAUUGCUAAAUUAUGAGGAAAAAUCGAAUAAAUUCAAUUUUAGUAAUCAAAAACCAAACAUUACUUACAGAAUAACAACAACAAACAUCAAACACAAACAUCAGUUAAAAACAACUAAACAACAAAUACAAAUGCAACAUCGCUAAAUUUGAAAAAAAAAACGAUUGCAAGAUUACAACAGCAAAUCUGAUUCUAUGAUGUGACAACAGCAUACUUUUCUUUGUAAAUACUAUUGAAAAUGAAAUAUAUUCAAAACAGUA